GUCCAAGCCCAGUGCUCUUUCCCCUGAUGAGAAACGUUUCCAGAUUUAAACUCCAGUUUAUAGGUCCAUUAACAACCCUCUCUAAAGAGGAGGCAAGAGGUUUCAAGUUCUCAGGGAAAAAAAGAACUGACAUCAAAAGGUCUGUAUGGGGUCAUUUGUCUCAUUAUGACUUUGAUUUGGCCUUGAUCUUUAUUUAGUAUUUCAGUUUUAUGCUCUGCAACAAGUUUGGCCAUGUUGGAGGACCAUCCAAAGGUCAGCAAGUUGGCUACUGGCGAUUGGAUGCUCACUCUGAAGCCAAAGUCUAUUACUGUGCCCGUGGAAAUCCCCAGCUCACCUCUGGGUUGACAUUCUUAACCUUCCUGGAUCCUAUCAGAGAAACCUCAUUCAUCAUUUCAUUUCCAAAUUAUGAAGACCAUCUGGGCCUGAGUGGAGAUGCUUGUUUCUUCCUCUUCCCUAAUGCCCUUUCCACCAGUGUGGACUGCAGAUUGUCAGUGGCUGCUAUGCAGCAGGUGCAGCCUGGUCUCUCACUGAGUCUCUACUCCACAAAGGCAACGACUGGCCAAGGCAGUGGCUGGCUCUGGGUUACACAAGUGCAGACACUCAACUAAGUGAGCUGGAAGACCCAGGAGAAGGCGGAGGCUCAGGUGCCCACAUGAUCAGCACAGCGAGGGUACCUGCCGACAAGCCUGUACGCAUCGCCUUUAGCCUCAAUGACGCCUCAGAUGAUACACCCCCUGAAGACUCCAUUCCUUUGGAAUUUCCAGAAUUAGACCAGCAGCUACAGCCCCUGCCACCUUGUCAUGACUCCGCGGAAUCCAUGGAGGUGUUCAAACAGCACUGCCAAAUAGCAGAAGAAUACCAUGAGGUCAAAAAGGAAAUUGCUCUGCUUGAGCAAAGAAAGAAGGAGCUCAUUGCCAAGUUGGAUCAGGCAGAAAAGGAGAAGGUGGAUGCUGCUGAGCUGGUUCGGGAAUUCGAGGCUCUGACGGAGGAGAAUCGGACGUUGAGGUUGGCCCAGUCUCAAUGUGUGGAACAACUGGAGAAACUUCGAAUACAGUAUCAGAAGAGGCAGGGCUCAUCCUAACUUUAAAUUUUUCAGUGUGAGCAUACGAGGUUGAUGACUGCCCUGUGCUGGCCAAAAGAUUUUUAUUUUAAACGAAUAACGAGUCAGAUCUAUUGCUUCUCUGUAUUACCCACAUGGCAACUGUCUAUGAUGAGUUUACUGCUUGCCAGCUUCUAGCUUGAGAGAAGGGAUAUUUUAAAUGAGAUCAUUAAUGUGAAACUAUUACUAGUACAUGUUUUUGGAGAUCAGAAUUCUUUUCCAAAGAUAUAUAUUUUUUUCUUUUUUAGGAAGAUAUGAUCAUGCCGUACAACAGGGUAGAAAACGAUAAAAAUAGAAUAUUGACUGACCCAGCUAAGAAUCAUGGGCUGAGCAGAGUUAAGCCACGCAACAAACCCGUAACAUGUUCACUGUAGUUUCACAUGUGUAUUUUUAAAAUUUCAUGCCUUUAAUAUUUCAAAUAUGCUCAAAUUUAAACUCUCAGAAACUUCUCUGCAUGUAUUUAUAUUCACCAGAGUAUAAGCUUUUGUACUCUGAUUUUUAUUCUUCAAUGAUUGAUUGUACUGAGAAUAAAUGGUCACAUAUCCUAAAAGCUUCUUCAUGAAAUUAUUAGCAGAAACUGUGUUUGUAACCAAAGCACAUUUGCCAAUGCUAACUAGCUGUUGUAAUAAUAGACAGAUAAGGUUGCAUUUGCUUCACGCCAUGUGACCUUACAGUAAACAUCUCUGCCUUUGCCUGUGUGUGUUCUGGGGGGAGGGGGGACAUGGAAAAAGAUUGUUUGGACAUUAUUUGGGUGAGUGCCCUUGAAAACAUCAGUGAACUUGUAACGAUUGUUUUGGAUUUAAGGAGAUGUUUUAGAUCAGUAACAGCUAAUAGGAAUAUGCGAGUAAAUUCAGAAUUAAAACGAUUUCUCCUUGUUCUACCUAUCACCACAUUUUCUCAAAUCGAAUUCUUUGUUUUAUGUCCAUUUCUAUUCAUGUAACUUCUUUUUCAUUAAACAUGGAUCAAAACUGACA